AUGUCAGGGAGCACUUCAGCCAAACUCUCGUCAAAGUACAAAGCGUUAGACCAAUUCUCCCUGCUAUUAAAAUUGUGCACCUCAGAUCUCAUGACUAACCUUUGUUACUAGAUUUAUGUUUGACGGAACAGUCACGCUGUAUGUCGGCCGAGAUCGCAAAAAAAUGGAGAUACAUAAAAAACUCCUUGCGAGCAUAUCCCCAGAACUCGACAAGCACGUGAAUAACGACAUGAAAGAGGGCGCCGAAGGCAUAAUAUACUUUCCGGACGAGGGGGAAUUUACUCUCACGCUUUUUUCAGAGUGGGCAUACACUGGAGAAUAUACCAUUGUGGACAGUACACCC